CUACCGCGUGGCCCAAACAAGCAAAAGCCCAUCCGAUACACGCACACUGCCGCAGAAGCCUAGCCCCCCUGCGCCUCUUCCCCAAUCCCCAUGGCGAUCGGCUCCGGCGGCGGCGGGAGCUGGAGCAUCCACGGCCGCGCCGACGUCGCCUCCCGUUAUGAUGUCCUUGGCCGUGCUGGCUCCGGUGCCUAUGCCGACGUCUACUGCGGCCGCCGCCGCUCCGACGGCGCCGCCGUCGCGCUCAAGGAGGUUCACGACGCCGUCAGCGCCCGCCGCGAGGCCGACGCCCUCCUCGCCGUCUCUUCCCCCCACGUCGUCGCGCUCCUCGACCACUUCCCCGGCGGAGACUGCGACGACGACGUCCUCGUCCUCGAGUGGCUCCCACUCGACCUCGCCGCCGUCGUGCGCGACGCCAAGCGCCGCGCGGACGGGUGUGGGGGCCACGGCAUCCCCACCGCGCAGCUCAAGCGGUGGAUGCUGCAGGUGCUAGAGGGCGUCGCCGCGUGCCACCGCGCCGGCAUCGUGCACCGCGACCUCAAGCCCGCAAACCUGCUCAUUUCCGAGGACGGGGUGCUCAAGGUCGCCGACUUCGGUCAGGCCAGGAUACUUCAGCAGACAGGACCUACUUAUGAUAUGCACCCAUGUGAGCAAAGUUCUGGUGUGGAGCCUUGCAUUUCAGAACACCAAGCAGCGUUACAAGGGGCAGCGGAGGAACCACCGUCUCACGAACCAGACAUUCAUGCAGGUCAGGAGCCUGAGACACUCACUGCUGCUGACUACCUACGUGAGCUGGACCAACUCCGGGCCAAAUCCACCGACAUCGACAAAAUGAGCCUGCAGGACGGAAAUGCCUCCUGUCUUGCGACAUGCAGCACAGGAGACAUCGAAGAUGAUCCAUUCCGAACCUCCUACUCAUAUGAUUUGGAAGGAGUAAUGGGGGAAGACUCUGGUGCCUUCACUUCCUGUGUUGGUACAAGGUGGUUCAGGGCUCCUGAGCUCCUAUACGGGUCAACAAACUACAGGCAGGAGAUUGACCUCUGGUCACUGGGAUGUAUUUUGGCUGAGCUGCUGAAUUUGGAGCCUAUAUUCCCAGGGAUAUCGGAUAUCGAUCAGAUUGGUAGAAUCAUCAGUGUACUGGGCAAUAUCACAGAAGAAACCUUUCCAGGCUGUUCAAAUUUGCCAGAUUACAAUAAGAUUUUCUUUAACAAAGUUGAGAAGCCAAUGGGCCUUGAAGCAUGUCUGCCCAAUAGGUCUGCUUCUGAGGUUAGCAUCAUAAAGCAGCUACUUUGCUAUGACCUAGCAAAGAGGGCCAGUGCUGCUGACCUGCUGAAUGAUCUGUACUUUACGGAAGGACCCUUACCUGCACCUAUAGAAGGAUUACAAGUUCCGGCAUCAAAGGAUGAGGAUGAUGACAGCUCUAUGGAAGAAUGGGCAAAUUACAAGGAUGGCGGUUCAGAUUCAGACUUUGACGAAUUUGGUGGCAUGGGUAUCACCAAAACUGACAAGGGUUUCAGCAUACGCUUUCCAUGAUAAAGAAAGACGCAUGGAGUCCAGAUCAUUGUAUCAUGUCCAAAACAAGACUAUAUCAUGUUAUGUAGCUACACUGAAGUAGAAAUUGCUGUCAACAUAGAUGAAUACUUCAGUCAGAGAUAGAUGAUUGGACCAUGUUGUAUGGAAUGUUGAUAAGUUUUUACAUUUUAGUUUUUAUGAACUUUGUGAUUCUUUGUACAACAGAACCAGUUUUCUCCUGGCAUUAAUAAAACUGUGGUAAUUUAAAGUGCCUGUCCAUGCAUGCACUUCC